AUGGAACCAAGAAACAAUACUCACAUUUUAGAAUUUUUUCUGUUGGGAUUUUCUCAGGACCCAAACCUACAGCCUGUUAUCUGUGGCCUUUUCCUCUCCAUGUACUUGAUCACUGUAGUUGGAAACCUGCUCAUUAUUCUCACCAUCAUCUCAGAUGCCAACUUGCACACACCCAUGUACUUUUUUCUCUCUAACCUGUCAUUUGUGGAUAUCUGCUUUACUUCCACUACUGUCCCAAAGAUGCUUGUGAAUAUUCAAACAGAAAGAAAAUCCAUUCGCUAUGCAGACUGCAUCACCCAGAUGUACUUUUUUCUGAUUUUUGUGGAACUGGACAACUUCCUCCUGGCUGUAAUGGCCUAUGACCGUUAUGUGGCCAUCUGCCAUCCACUGCAUUACACUGGCAUCAUGAACCGCAGACUCUGUGGAUCUUUGGUUCUUGUAUGCUGGAUUGUGAGUGUUCUGCAUGCCUUGUUACAAAGCAUGAUGGUGCUGCGGCUGUCCUUCUGCACAGACUUGGAAAUCCCGCACUUCUUCUGUGAACUGAAUCAGGUGGCGCAGCUAACCUGUUCUGACACCUUUCUCAAUGAUGUGGUCAUGUAUUUUGCACUCGUGCUAUUGGCCAUUGUUCCUCUGUUUGGCAUCCUUUAUUCUUACUCAAAGAUAGUAUCUUCCAUACGAGCAAUCUCCACAGUUCAGGGCAAGUACAAAGCGUUUUCCACCUCAUUUUCCACCUGCGCAUCUCACCUCUCAGUUGUCUCCUUAUUUUAUUGCACCCUCCUAGGAGUGUACCUCAGUUCUGCUGUGACACAAAAUGCACAUGCCACUGCAAUGGCUUCAUUGAUGUACACUGUGGUCACUCCCAUGCUGAAUCCAUUCAUCUAUAGUUUAAGAAAUAAUGACAUGAAGAAGGCUCUGAAAAUAGUUUCAGGGAGGGUAACUAGAAACAGACCAAUGGACUUACCUUCUUAG